AUGAGAGGAAACGGAAAGUCCCUCACCAUCGUCAUCAAGCUUGGAACAAGCUCAAUUGUCGACGAAAAGACUCAUGAGCCGCUUCUCCCAAUCUUGACGUUGAUUGUCGACACGGCCGUCAAGCUUCGCAAAGAUGGCCACCGGGUCGUCAUUGUUUCGUCGGGCGCCAUCGGCGUUGGUCUCCGACGCAUGGAUGUCGAGAAGCGCCCCAAGCAUCUCGCACAGCUGCAGGCCCUCGCAGCCAUUGGCCAAUGUCGUUUGAUGAGUCUCUGGGAUAGCCUGUUCACCCACCUGAGACAGCCAAUUGCCCAGAUCCUGCUCACAAGGAACGAUAUUGCAGAUCGAACAAGAUACUUUAAUGCUCAAAACACCUUCAAUGCCCUUCUUGAACAAGGAGUGAUCCCAAUUGUCAACGAAAACGACACCUUGGCCGUCUCAGAAAUCAAGUUUGGCGACAAUGAUACCCUCUCUGCCAUCACCGCUGCCAUGAUUCACGCCGACAUGCUAUUCUUGAUGACGGAUGUCGACUGUCUCUAUGACAAGAAUCCGCGAACAAACCCAGACGCCAAGCCGAUCGAGGUGGUCGAAGACAUCUCAGCUCUUCAGGCCGAUGUAUCGAGUGCCGGCUCAGCCCUAGGCACAGGUGGAAUGAGCACCAAAAUCAUUGCCGCCAGAUUGGGAACCUCGGCUGGUGUCACAACCAUCAUCACCCGAUCCUCAAACCCAGGAAAUGUACUGAAUAUUGUCCGAUAUCUUCAACCACAGCAAAAAGGACACUCGUCUCCAAGCGCCGACGAAGGAACCAGUCACUUGACACGCUCAGCUUCGGCCCUAUCCCUCUCCUCUUCAGCGGAUCUCACCAGCCCUCCCCUGCAUACUCGAUUCGUACCAGCGGAUGAUCCCAUCCGAGAUCGCCAUUUCUGGCUACUCCACACUCCAUAUCCCCACGGAACCCUCUAUAUCGACUCGGGAGCCUACAAGGCACUCCUCGGCAAGGCCGGCCUGCUUCCUGUUGGUGUUGUUGACGUGGAAGGCAACUUUGCUCAGCAAGAGGUUGUGCGGCUCGUGGUGGUCAAGCGUCGGACUACCCUUGGCCCUGACGGCAAGCUCUGGGAUGGCAUCCCAGAAGAGAUCGGACCGAGUAUGUCGCCCACCGGCAACAUGUUGGCUUCUUUAGAAGAGACAGCAGACCCGUGA